AUGAAUACUGUUCUUAAUACAUUAAAAAAUGUUUGUCGAGCUACAGAAAAAGAUGUUGAAAAGAAAUAUCGUGAUCGAUAUGUUCUUACAGAUAAGCAUGAUUAUGAUCAACAAGAUGGUCAAAAAAUGUCGGGUGCUAGUCAAGGUGCAAGCACUAUGGGAGGCACUGCUGGUGAACUUGAUGGGCAAAGUUUUGGAUUAGGUACAGCUUCCAAGGAUCAACGAGUAAAUAAAGAGGCUUUACUUAAAAUGACACGAAAUAAACGACAAGCAGCAACUAAAACACCAGGAGGACAACAGCAAGCAAAUCCUAAAUCGAAAUCUCCACCUGUUGGAUCGAAACCAACUAGUGUGACUCUUCAACGAAGUAUUACAAAUGACGAUGAACAAUUUCCACGCGUUAAAGAACCAAGUGAUAUAACCGAGACGAAAGAUCAACCACCAAGUACGCCACCUACUCGGACAGUUGCAUUUGAAGAUUUUAAACAAACACGAGGUUUAAAUUUAAAUAAGAUUUAUUUGGAAAAUAAAGAAAUAUUGGCAUCAAAGAAAAAACAAUUUGCUGAUUUAGCUCGAUGUAUAAAUCAAACAAAAGCUGAUAUUGAUAAAACUCGUACUGAUGCUGAACGUAAAAAGAACGAACGAUUAACUAUGGGUAAAAAUAAUUCAUUUAUUUUAUAUGAAAUUUAUUUCAUAUUUCUAGGUGAAUUUUUAAAUGAAAAUGGAGAAACUAUUAUUGAUGAAGAAGAAUAUGAAUUGAUAGCAAAAUUACAAGAACUUAAAGGUACUUAUCGAAAUGAUUAUGAUCAAUGGAAAAAUCUUAAAUCAGAAAUAAACUAUUGUCAAAAUUUGGUUAAUCAGUGUCAAAAUCGACUUCUUCAAGAAUUUGAUAUAUGGUAUAAUGAAUGUUAUUUGAAUGGAAAUAAUACUGGUGAUAUUGAUGAUAUACUAUCAUCAAAUAAAACUAUGAAUGAAUAUCAAAUUUAUGAUGAUGCUGCUGAAAGAUUUGAACGUAUGCAAAAAGAAUUAUUACUUUCAGAUCUUGAUAGUAUGCCAUUUCGACAAGCUCAAAUGAGAACAAAUCGACGUCAUGUUUUCAAUGCAGCUACAACACAAGGACCAUGGAAACAAGCUCCAACAACAACAGUUACAACUAACAGUGGCUUUAAAUUAGGACGAAAUUAUGGACAAGAUUCACAAUCAUUGCCAGCCAUAUCUGUUAGUGCUGGUCGACAAAAGUCAAUGGUUCGAUAA